AUGACUUCUACAUUCAAGGUCUCUCUGCCCAACGGGCUCAACUACGAUCAGCCUACAGGGCUCUUCAUUGACAAUGAAUACGUCCCCGCCAAUGGCGAAAAGUUUACCGUCUAUAACCCUACCAACGAUGAGGAGAUUGUAACUUUACAGGGCGCAUCUGAACAAGACGUAGACAAAGCCGUCGCCGCUGCCCGCCGCGCUUUUGAGGGAGAAUGGUCUGAGCUCGAGGCUGUUGAGCGAGGCGCUUUGAUAUAUAAGCUGGCCGAAUUAAUUAAGAGGGAUCAGAAGCUCCUGGCAAGUAUUGACUCGUUCGAUAACGGCAAGUCAUUCUCCGACGCAUAUGGAGGAGAUUUGCUCGAGAGCUACAACGUCUUUCGGUACUAUGCCGGUGCUGCAGACAAGAUCACUGGCAAAACUAUUGAGACUGGACCCAACAAGCUAGCCUAUGUCAUCCAGGAACCUCUUGGUGUCUGUGGUCAGAUUAUUCCCUGGAAUUAUCCCUUCAUGAUGCUUGCGUGGAAGGUCGCGCCAGCUCUGGCUUGCGGAAACACCAUUGUCUUGAAGCCCGCAGAGCAAACUCCUCUCUCGGCUCUAUACUUUGGUAAGCUUAUUGCUGAGGCUGGCUUCCCGCCUGGUGUGGUCAACAUUAUUCCCGGUCUUGGAUACAUCUCUGGCAAGGCUCUUGCGGAGCACAUGGACGUCGACAAGAUUGCCUUCACUGGCAGCACAGCUACUGGAAGGUCCAUCAUGAAGUCUGCUGCUAGCAACCUGAAGAAUAUUACUUUGGAAUGCGGCGGCAAGAGCCCUAGCAUUGUCUUUGACGAUGCAGACCUUGACCAGGCUGUGAAGUGGUGUCACAGUGGAAUCAUGGACAACAUGGGUCAAGUGUGCACAUCGACAUCUCGAAUCUAUGUACAAGACACCAUUUACGACAAGUUUCUCGAGAAAUUCACUGCAAAGACCAAGGAUGCCGCAACAAAGAUUGGCGAUCCUUUCAAUGAGGAUACCUACCAGGGCCCCCAGGUUUCCAAGGCCCAGUUUGAAAAGGUCUUGGGCUACAUCGAUGAGGGCAAGAAGUCUGGCGCUCGCGUCCUCCACGGUGGUGCCAAGCACGGUGAUAAAGGCUACUUUAUCCAGCCCACCGUUUUUGCAGAUACCACCGAAGAUAUGAAGAUUGUCAAGGAGGAGAUUUUCGGCCCUGUUGUUGCAAUUUCCAAAUUCAGCACCGAGGCGGAAGUCAUUAAAAAGGCCAACGACACGUCGUACGGCUUGGCAGCCGCGGUGUUUACUCAAAAGGUGACAAAGGCGCACAAAGUUGCUCGCAAGAUUCAGGCUGGCAUGGUGUUCAUCAAUUCGUCGGGCGACUCACAUUUUGGCAUUCCGUUUGGAGGCUACAAGUCGUCAGGCAUUGGGAGAGAGCUGGGUCAGUACGCGUUGGACGCUUAUACGCAGUCCAAGGCGGUGCACGUAAAUUUGGGAACCGAGUUGUAA